GCCUAUCAUCUACCUCUAAACUACCUUGUCUGCAGCUGCCACCAAGCACCAGCACCAGCACCAGCCUAAUUACAGUGAUUAGCAGCACAAACCUGUUCACUGCUUCAGGCCUCAACUCCUCACUACCUCCGACGAUCUACCCCAUUCCCUCAAACCUACUCCUCAACCACUUUCUUAUCCCUCCUCUCAUCUAAGUCGCAUCUAUAUUGUUCUCUAUAUCGCAUCAUAUCCUGCCCUAUCUGAUUCGCCGCCUCUUUCCUGCAUAACCGUCGGGUAUUUCGGGCUGUCUAGACCCAAUGAGAUCUCGCGCUGGCCGACGUCUCUCAACCUCGUCCUCUCUUUGCGCUUCUCUCCAGCAAUAGAGCUGCUCCCUCCUCCACGACCAUGCCUGCUCGCACCGUGCUAUGACUUCUCGUUCUGUCUUGGGCCGACCAGACCCUCUGCAGCGUUCGGUGACCGGACCUCCACAUCGCCUCCCAUCUCGCGGACACCCGACACCGCAGCAACACCACGCGAAACCACAGUCGCGCCAGGACCAGCCCGCUUUCAGCGGCGCUCUCGGCGAUGGUGACAAGCGCUUUCAAGAGAACCUGUUGCAGAACACUCGUGUGUUGAAGGGUGCUCCUGCGGCGGGACCAGACCACAAGACUUCACCGGUCGAUGCCACGAACACAGCUGCAAGGUUACCCGCGAGGAUUGCUUCACGAGGUAAACCGCAGUUAUACUUCGACGAUGGCUCGUACACCACAGAUGUCUUCUCCAGUGCGCACUCCUCUGCUGGAGCAAACACCAAGACCUCUCAAGGUAGUAGUGCGCCACUGCUCUCUCCAACGAACGUCAUACCCUUCCCUCCACGGCCAGGCAACCAGAAUAUAGAACAUAAAGUGCACCAUGACAGGGAUGUAGCGUCAUCUGGGACUAAGAGUCGGAAAGGUACUUUUGAGCCUCCCCAAGCUGCACUCUGCUUUCCUGCCGCAAAACCUGUCGACUUCUUUCCGUGGUUUGGCAAUCACCAAGAAGAUGUGCUGACCGAGAAUGUGGUCAAGUCUGGCUUUCCGAACAAGGGCACAAUGCACACCGAAUCGCAGUCGGCCAAUCAGAUCAUGAAGAUGAACAUUAAAAAUAAACAUGCGACUACGAACCUUUCGCAUCUCUUUGUAAAGGUCCUCGAGGCUCGUCAAGCUGCUGGUCGUCUGACUGCUCCAUCAACCUUCAAGCCUCCGCCAAGAGUUGCCUUUACUGAUUCUAAACGGGAGGCCUGGUUGAAAGAACUUGCCGGUCCGACCUCCAGUCUCCGACGCCUCAGCAGGACGAUUCCACAUGGUAUUGCUGGUAAGCUGUUGUUGGAACAGUGCCUCUCGAAGAGCAUUCCUGUGCCCAGGGCAGUUUGGCUUACAAAGUGCGUUGGUGCAAAUGAAAUGCGCGCAUUUAAAAGAAAGGGUGCAACAGCUGCGACUGGUGCUGGAAGCGAGACGAAGUGGAUUCGCGAAUGGACCGUCUUCGUGGAACAGUUUGUAGAAGGUGUCGUUCAUUCUUGUGGACAGCAGACUUCCUGGAAGCAGAGGAUGGACUACACGAUCCGCUUGUCAACACACUUGUACAACGAUCGACUUCUUGACCAGGAUCACUACCUGGAUUGGCUUCUGUCAGCGAUCGAAGGCUCUCAGUCAGACAAGUUGCCGAUAUGGCUUCUACUCGUACAGAUCCACUGGCGAGAUCUGGUCGCAUCCCGCCGACGCGGCAGUCGCUUGGCCGAGAGCUUACUCCAGCAUUCGCAAAACUCAACUCUGGAAGUCGGCGAGUAUACUCAGAAUCCUCUGUCUCGCCGCCUUGACCACCUGCUGCUCACCCUUCUCAUUGCACAUCGCGGCUGUCUACUGCUGCCACAGACCUGGAAGAAAUUCGAGCCAUCAUUAAAAUCUCUUCUCAAUCGUAUUCCCGAAAGAGGAAGACACCAAGUCGACGCUGUCAUCACACAGCUCGGUAAGCGAAACCAACGGCUGAGUAGCGGUGAGCCGCAACAUUCGAGCUCAACACAGUCUCCCGAGAAAGUCCUCCUCCGAACUCUUGACAUGGUAGGUCACAAAGUCGACAUCGGCGUGAUCUCUGCACAGUGCAUGUCUCUGGUGCCUAAUCGAAGACGGCUAAUCGAGCUGGUUCUACAGUGGGCUUGCUCAACUUGUCGAACUGGGGAUCAUCGAGCAUAUCUGGCCAUGCGACUUCUUGGGAAGUGGAACAGCCUCGGUUUUGAGACGGAUGAAGUGAUUAUGCAAUUUCUGCGGUCGCUAAACAGCACGAGUCGAUGUAGCAAGAGUGCAGCCUUUCGAAUUGGAGCCGGUCUAGUCAGGUCUAAGCGAUUUAAUGUUGGCAAAUACCUGCAAUGGCUCAUUGCGACUGGCUCUGCCCUGAUCAACCUGGGCUCAACGGAGAUACCAUGCCAUGUGCAGUUCAUUCUUGAGCUCCCAACCAGUGCACUCUCAGAACAGGCCGAAAACCUUCGUCGAACACUCCUUGAAGGCAUGGGUUACUCAGUAGAGGCAGAAGACGAACACAUCGAAUCUUUGCAACUCUCACUGGUCUCAUGGCUUGAAUACGUCGCAGCAGCCUCUGAGCCGGUUCCCAUCAACUCACAUCCACCCCUCGCCUGCGAGACUUUGACCGCUCGCUUCGCGGCCAGUCAUAACCUUCGAGAAGUUUUGGCUGAGCGUAUGUCUGCAGCCGGCUCUCCCGAGUCCCAAGAGGACGGUUUCCAAACGUCGUAUAACACUGCCAACAUCUCGCUCACAGAAGUCUGCGCCAUAAGGCAACUAUUGGAACAACUAGAAGAUUUUCCAGUCCUGGCAGACGCCCUCGAUUUAAUCACUCGAAGUACUAACUACAAUAUCCUCAGUGCAGUUGCGGACACUCUGAACUGCCAUUCGCGAGCUUUUGCUACAAUUGGCGCUUUGGUUCCCGUGCUUAGUAACCUGACGAAGCGAUACAGCGCACUACGACAUGACCGCAUGCCCGACAAGCACUUCUUGCGUGCGUUCUCGGAUCUUUGUGUCAAGGUCCAUGCUGAGCCGCAGCUUGUUGCUAUACUAAAGUAUGAUUUAUCGCGCACGGAACAGCAGUCAUCGAUAGCAGUCUGCUCGCCCGCUUCUGACAAUAUGGACAUGCUUCAUUCGACGAACAUAGAUAGUGACGAAGAGAUUGAGCGAAUUCUAGUCAGCGGUAACAGCAUGGAUGAGCAGAUUAUGGGUCGAGUCUUCAAACGCAUGACCACGAGAUUGGCAGACUUACACAAAGGCCAGGCCCUCGACCUGUUCGUUUCGUGGUUUCCCCGCCUUCGAGCGUUUGACGAGAAAACUUUCGAGCGCCUUGCGCACGAAUGGGUCUCCAACCUUCUUGUGGAGCAACAGCUCUCGGUCUUGCGCGUGGCCCUUCCAAUCCUCGUUUCCACAUCAUGUAUCUCUCUGGGUGAUGUAGCGAAGAGAUCAAGCAAGGUACUGGUCCUACUUGGAGGACACGACGGCGCUUCUGCAGCUCGCAUGUCGAGCGAGAUACUCGACCUGCUUUUGCCUUCGGACAAGCUGGUGACCUCGUGCCGACCGCAAGAUGCGUAUCGUCAUCGCAUCGAACAGCGUCGAUUUUGCUCCGAAUUCGUGUCGCUAAUCUUACAUCUUGUCCGUCAGUCGAUCGACCUGUAUACAAAGCAUCUGCCUGAGAAUGAUCGGAGUGGGCUAUACAGAAUGCUCGAGGGUACCACACUGCUUAGCGUGUUGAGAUCAGUUGGUAUCGUCAAUAAGCAAAUCCUGCUCGAUGCAUUUCCCUAUCAACCCGAAGACGCAAAUACCGAGAAGCUCCUGUGCGUCAAGCGAAUCAUCAACACCCUCCUUGAUCCGACAGGAAGUCUUUCGCUUGCCACUACUCCACUGAGCGACCAGAUUGCUGUCGUUAUUGAUGCCAUUGACGACUUGUCGAUCCCCUUCUGUCAACUCGAACUCCAUAUGAUAUUUCUUCUGGACAAAGUUCUGAGUGAGGAGGGUGAGAAUGGUGUCGAACUCGCGCUUCUGGAUGCUAUCAAGGCUGCGGUGGACAGAAACAGCUCUGGAGUUUCAGAACUCGUCUCUGGACUUGGUGAAGACGUUACGCGGAAGAUUCGGGAGCAUACAGAAGAGCAAAUUCUCAAUGCUGUGCCACUGACUGGUAAGAAGGGCAUUCAAUCUCUGCAGCAGAUUGAAGUGCCACUCGAGUCAACUCUGAAUCGCUACCUCGCAGUUGUUGAUUCUAUAUCCUUUGCUCCUACAAGUCUUGGCAACCAUGCGUUACUCAACGCGCUUAUUGACAGGCUUAAGCUCUUGAACGAAUGUCUUUCCGAGGACGCCUCGGACUUUUUUGCAAUCGGCACCGCAACAGACGCAGAGAUCGAUGCUUCUGUUGCAAAGAUCUGUCCCUGGCUAGAGGCUCUUCUACAUCUUACAGUCGCACAUCGACCAUCGUUCCAAGCCGCGAAAGGGGCUCACCUUGGUGCAUUGCUUUGUAUCCUGCGCUGCCUGCUCGUGAAUCCACGGCUACAGAAAAAUCCCAUCAUCACACAACGAAUUUUUGACAUCGCCGUCAUUUUCUCCGACGACCUUACUGACGAUAUGCGCGCCCACUUUGCAAAAGCCGAGUCCUCCAAGGCCUCACCUGGUGUACACACUCUUUUCAUAUUUGGCGGCUCACCUUCCCCCGACGGCUGGCUGGGCCUAGUCAUGCCAGGACAUCCUGCCACUUCAGCCUCAGCCGCCGCCUCCGAUUCAACAUCUCAAACCGCAGCGCAACCUCAGCAUCCAUCCCGAAUUAGCUCUCCUGCCGGACAGUCGACUAUGCUCCGUUCCUCGACUCCCCAGCAGCGCCUCGCCCAACAACAGCAGCAGCAACAGCAUCAGCAACAACAACAGCAGCAGCAGCAACGCACUCAAGGUGCAAACGCCCAGUUCGCACAACUCCAGCGCCAAAACAGCCAGUCUCGCCUACCACAAACCCAGCAAACAAGCGCGGGAAUGUUCACACCAUACAGCACGCCAGGAUGGAACGCAGCGCAGAGCAUGCAGGGCUUCGCGCAAACCCAGCAAUUCGGCGGAGGACAAGCCGGCUUCCCCGGCAGCCAACCCGGCAGUAACUUUGCCUUUUCCGGGCCUAUCCCCGGCGCUCCCCCAACGCCUGCGACACCCCAGAUGAUGCAGAACAUGUCGACUGGAUCCGCUGCGGGCUCGACAACGACAUCGACAGCACAGCGUCUGGGUACAGAUCUUCCGUCCGCUGCGAAUAACAACACCAACAACAGUAAUAGCAAACCAGUCCCAUUCCUGUUCCGCCGAUGGGAGCUCCUGCCCGAUACGACGGGCAGUGCAACGGGCAAUGAUACGGCGCUGAGCCUGCAGCUCUUUGGCGCGAGGCGCGUUGUUUGAAGAAUUGAAAAAACAAACAAACUUGUGAUGAUGAUGAUGAUGAUGUCCUCCUAGGCGAGGGCUUUUUUUUCGGUUAUAUACAUACGCAGUGGGGCGUUUCUGAUGGGUUUCUUCUUUCUUUUGUUCGGGUGGUGGGGGUUUGGAAGGGACUUGUUUGUUUAUACAUAUCUAUAUAUACAUAUAUACCAUGUUGAUUGGGUAUUGGCGAUUAGCGAGGAGGGUGUGGUGUGGUGUGGUGUUGUGGAUGAGAAGGAAGGAAGGAAGGAUUGACGGGUGGAUGGUGUGGUGGACAGACAAGGAAGGAAGGAAGGAAGGAAGUAAGGAAGGAAAGAAGGAUGGUGACGAAAUAGCAUAGCAUAGCAUAGCAUGGAAUUUUGCAUAGCGAGUCAUUGGACAGCGAACCCUCAUCAUU